AUGGCUUCCACCGAUGACCAGAAGAUCAUCUUGGUCAGCUCUGAUGGCGUGAACAUCCAGACUGGUAUGCGCUCUUACUCUUCCUCCAUCUCUACUUACCUUGCUAAUCCAACUUGUANNGAUCGUAUCAUCGCCGAGCGCUCCAUGCUCAUCAAGAACAUGAUCGAGGAUCUUGGUACCCCCGGCGAGGAGCCCAUCCCCAUCAUGAACGUGAGUCUCAUCCUCAGCAUCGCUCCUUGUCUCGCACUUACUGACUCAUCUUGCUCUAGGNUCUCCGAAGCAGUUCUUCGCAAGGUUCUCGAGUGGUGCGACCACCACAAGAAGGACCCUCCCCCGGAGAAGGAUGAGGACGCCGAAUCCCGCAAGAAGACCACCGACAUUGAAGAGUGGGACCAGAAGUUCAUGCAGGUCGACCAAGAGAUGCUCUUCGAGAUCAUCCUCGCCGCCAACUACAUGGACAUCAAGGCCCUCCUUGACGUCGGCUGCAAGACUGUCGCAAACAUGAUCAAGGGCAAGUCUCCCGAGGAGAUCCGCAAGACCUUCAACAUCCAGAACGACUUCACCCCCGAGGAGGAGGAGCAGAUCCGCCGCGAGAACGAGUGGGCUGAGGACCGCUAA